AUGUCCGCCCACACCUCCGAGGGCGGAGGGGAUGUGGGGAGGCCCGGGGAGGCUGCCGGGACCCAGCCCGCGAGCUACUGUCCUGGAGCCCUCGUCUCCGACCCCCGGUCUUUCCCCCACUUCUGCGACUGGCCCUCGACGCCCCUUGGGCCGCUGGCGUCGGGCGCUAACUUCACUUUGCUCGCCGAGAAACUCCCGUUUCCUCAGAAGCAGAGAAAGCCCGUGGCUUGGACAAGUUGA